AUGGGAAGCGUUCAAGAGAUCAAGCCAUACAGGGUCAGGGUGCUGGGCAUGAACAGCGGCACGUCAAUGGACGCGGUCGACUGCGCACUCUGCGAGUUCUACCAGGAGACCCCGACGUCUCAGAUGAAGAUGAAGCUGAUUGCCUAUGAAGAAAUGCAACACCACGACCCCAUCAAGAAGAGGGUCUUCCGCCUGAUUCGAGAGAACAAGACCACUCCAGAAGAAAUGGCUCAAGUCAACAUGGCACUGGGCGUCGAUUUUGCCGACGCCGUCAUCCGCAUGCUGAAGAACCACAAUCUGACACUUGACGACGUCGAUGUGGUCUCCACUCACGGCCAAACCAUCUGGUUGCUGUCCAUGCCUCGUGGUGAGCAGAUGAAGUCUGCUUUGACCAUGGCGGAAGGUUCUAUCAUGGCCAAGAUGCUCAACAAGACUAUCGUCAAUGACUUUCGAGUCCACGAACAAUCCUACGGUCGUCAAGGAGCACCCCUGGUUGCAUUCCUCGACGGUCUCGUGCUCCAUCACCCGACCAAGCUUCGAGCGUGCCAGAACAUCGGCGGGAUUGGUAAUGUCGCUUUUAUCCCGAGUGAUGCUGAUGGUGGCGUUGAUGAGAUCUAUGAUUUUGAUACCGGUCCGGGAAAUGUCUUCAUCGACCAUGCCAUGCGUCACUAUACCAAUGGCAAGCAGGAAUAUGACAGAGACGGACAAUGGGGCAAGCAGGGCAAGGUAUACCAAGACAUUGUCGACGACUACAUUCACAACCACUGGUGGUACCAGCACGAUAUCCCAAAGACGACAGGUCGAGAGGUUUUUGGUGACGAGCAGGCCCUGGAGCUGAUCCAAAAAAUCGAGGCUGCCGGCGGCAACAAGUACGAUGUUGUGGCAACACUGACGAGGAUCUCGGCACAGGCAAUCUGCGAGCACUACAAGAGGUUCGGACCGCCUGGAAAGAACAUUGACGAACUGUAUAUGUGCGGUGGCGGUGCACACAACCCGAAUAUCACGGACUUCAUUCAGAAGACGUAUCCAAACACAAGGCUGACUUGGCUGGAUGAAGUCAAUGUUCCAGGAGAUGCAAAAGAAGCCAUCAGCUUCGCAUGGAUGGGAAUGGAAGCCAUUGUUGGAAGACCUAUGCUUGUCCCUCAACGCGUUGAGACUCGUGACCCUUGUGUGGUGGGCAAGAUCACUCCUGGCGCCAAUUUUCGUCCCUUGAUGACAAUGGGUAUGGAGUUCGGCAAAGGGUAUGAAGACCCCAAGACCGGUUAUCUGCCUCCGGUCCGGAGCUUGGAGGUCAUCAAAGGCUGGACGGGCAAAGCUGUCCAUAACUUCUGA